GAAGCGGAUGAAAACAAACAGUAAGGAUGGCGGCGCCGGGAAUCAGCAGUUUGCUGGGCUUACGGCUGGAAUGAUCGCCUGAGCUGUGAAGGGACUCUUAACGACGAGACGGAGACAGUUCCCAGAGUUCUGGGAGCCAAACACACAGGCCUGCGAUCCAGGAGUCUCCUAAGCUUGAGGUAUCUCUGUGCGACCCGCGCUGUCAUCGCAGCCCCGGAGCGCCGAGCCCUUAGCCGGGAGGCGCGGCUGGCCGGCCCCAGACCCGGGCCUCCGUAAUGAGAGCCCCGAUCCACUCUCUGAGCCGCAGCCUCGCAGACUGUUCAAGUGAUUGUCCAGGCUCGGCUUGGUGAGAAGAUUUGUACUCGUUCUUCCUCAUCCCCAACGGGCUCAGAUUGGUUCAAUUUAGCAAUCAAAGACAUCCCAGAAGUUACACAUGAAGCAAAGAAGGCAUUGGCAGGGCAGCUUCCUGCUGUCGGGAGGUCUAUGUGUGUGGAGAUCUCACUCAAGACUUCUGAGGGAGACUCCAUGGAACUGGAAAUUUGGUGUCUUGAAAUGAAUGAAAAGUGUGACAAAGAAAUCAAAGUUUCCUACACAGUGUACAACCGACUGUCCUUGCUGCUGAAGUCUCUUCUUGCUAUUACUAGGGUGACACCAGCCUACAGACUCUCCAGGAAACAAGGGCAUGAAUAUGUAAUAUUGUACAGAAUAUAUUUUGGGGAAGUUCAGCUGAAUGGCUUAGGAGAAGGCUUCCAGACAGUUCGUGUUGGGACAGUGGGCACCCCAGUGGGCACUAUUACUCUUUCUUGUGCUUACAGAAUUAACUUGGCAUUCAUGUCUACCAGGCAAUUUGAGAGAACCCCGCCUAUCAUGGGGAUUAUUAUUGAUCAUUUUGUGGACCGUCCCUAUCCCAGCUCUGCACCUAUGCACCCCUGUAAUUACAAAACUUCUGGUGAGGACACUGGAGUUACAUAUCCAUCUGUGGAAGACUCUCAGGAAGUGUGUACCACCUCUUUCUCCACCUCCCCUCCAUCCCAGCUGAUGGUUCCUGGGAAGGAAGGCGGAGUACCGGUUGCUCCCAACCAGCCUGCCCACGGCACCCAGGCUGAUCAGGAGAGAUUGGCAACCUGCACCCCUUCUGACGGGGCCCACUGUGCUGCCACACCUUCCAGCAGUGAGGAUACUGAAACCGUGUCAAACAGCAGUGAAGGACGCGCCUCCCCCCACGAUGUCUUGGAGACCAUCUUUGUCCGGAAAGUGGGAGCUUUUGUUAACAAACCAGUCAACCAGGUGACGCUGACCAAUUUAGACAUCCCUUUUGCCAUGUUUGCUCCCAAAAAUUUGGAGCUGGAGGAUGCUGAUCCUAUGGUGAAUCCUCCAGCGUCCCCGGAGGCUGGGUCUCCUCUGCAAGGCAGCCUGCACUCUGAGGGCUCUAGCGGGGGCAGCAGUGGCCAUGCCCACGACGACUUUGUGAUGAUCGACUUUAAACCAGCUUUUUCUAAGGAUGACAUUCUUCCAAUGGACCUGGGGACCUUCUAUCGUGAAUUUCAGAACCCCCCUCAGCUGAGCAGCCUCUCCAUAGACAUUGGCGCGCAAUCCAUGGCUGAGGACUUGGACUCAUUACCCGAGAAGUUGGCUGUGCAUGAGAAGAAUGUCAGAGAAUUUGAUGCCUUUGUAGAAACCCUGCAGUAAAAGUUGGUGUCUUCAAGUACUGGCAGCAUCCCCUUCUUGGUGGUCCCAGGGGA